GACUGGGAAGUUGAACUGGAAAAGAAAGGCUUAGCACCAGUUUUUUCUCUCUCUCACAAGACUGAUCAGCAAUCUGAGUUCAUGAUGCAGCUUUAUGGAGCUCUGAUCCUGUGUGUGACUCUGUCUGCAGCAUGUGGACUAAAGUGCUACACAUGCACAGCCACUGAUCCGAAAUCCUGCACAAACAUCGAAUCUUGUUCCAGCUUAUUCAACCGUUGUUCCUCUGUCAGUGCCGAAUUAAACGGUGUGACAAUGGUUACCAAGGGCUGCCUAAACAGUUUAGCCUGUAUCAGUCCUAUAACUUGCUGUGAAGGGGACCUGUGUAACAGCGCUAUUCCAACUGGUCCCAGUGCCAUCCUGCUGCUGGUGUCCUCAGCCAUCCUCAAACUUCUUUUCUGAGGCUGUGGAAUGAUGUUAUUUCCAUGCUGCAUUUUUUUCUGAUUCUAUUUUGUAAAACUAAGGAAGAAAUAAUUAACUUUGGAGUGCCAUGAUAUGAAAUAAAAGUCUCCUUGACAUUUUGAUCUUUCACUCAAGGUAGUUCAGGGCCUGUCCUAUUCAAAUACUGUACUGAUUCAAUGUAAAC